AUGGGCGCCUUGAGAAGAAUCAAGACGAAGCGCCGGACCAGAGACUACGAUCAGGUCCGCGCUGAUAUCGACUCGCCUCGUCAUCUGUCGCAAUACAAAGAGACUAAAGAUGCAGAGGAUCUCCCGGGUCUCGGGCAGCACUACUGUGUCGAGUGUGCGAAAUGGUUUGAAAGCGAUUAUAACCUGAAGGCGCACGCCAAGGGAAAAAACCACAAGAGAAGAAUCCGCCUUCUGCGCGAAGAACCUCACUCGCAAAAGAUCGCCGAAGCUGCCGUCGGACUGGGCACAGACAACGGCAAGCGAUCGCAGGAUACCACGAUGGAAAUGGACGAUUGA